CGCCGCCUGGCCCCCGCCGUGCGCUCGGAUAUCAACAAAGCUCGCGAAGCGGCGUGGUCGGUUGCUUAGCGCGCGCUGGACCGCAUCCUUCUCUCUCUGUCUCUGCCGCGGUUGGGAGGAAAGCAGAGGCGGCGUGCCGUCCGUCGGUUUCUCGCGUCAGCUUCCUUUUCGUUUGCCUUCCCUUUUAUAUUCCUCUGUGUGUGUGUGUCGGGGGGGGGUUGCUGGCGCGUCGUCUUGAGCUGGAGCCCCAGCGCCCAGGUACCAGCUACUGACAAUGUCGGCAGAAGGCCAUGACUCCCAUAUUACGGAGGUGAAACCAUUAGUGGAAAGAGAAGAGGCAAUCGCACAUCUCUUGCCUGAUUUUGAUGUUCAGGAACAAGAUGUUGAGACACUACAUGGCUCUGUCCAUGUCACAAUGUGUGGGACUCCCCGAGGAAACAGGCCUGCCAUUCUAACGUACCAUGAUAUUGGACUCAAUCACAAAACUUGCUUCAACCCCCUCUUCAAUUUUGAAGACAUGCAGGAAAUCACCCAGCAUUUUGCAGUCUGUCACGUGGAUGCCCCUGGGCAGCAAGAUGCGGCAGCCUCUUUCCCACUUGGGUACAUGUACCCUUCAAUGGAUCAGCUAGCUGAAAUGCUUCCUGGAAUUCUAAAACAGUUUGGGUUGAAAAGUGUGAUUGGAAUGGGAACUGGAGCCGGUGCCUACAUCUUAACCAGAUUUGCUCUUAACUAUCCUGAUAUGGUGGAAGGGCUCGUUCUUAUUAAUGUCAACCCAUGUGCUGAAGGAUGGAUGGACUGGGCAGCAACCAAGAUUUCUGGAUGGGCUCAUGCAUUGCCAGAUACGGUUAUCUCACAUCUUUUUAGCAAGGAAGAGAUUCACAACCACCAGGAUUUGAUGCAUACUUACCGCAAGCACAUCAUCAAUGAUAUGAAUCAAAACAAUCUGCAUCUUUUUGUCAAUUCCUAUAACAGCCGAAGAGAUCUGGACAUUGAGCGUCCUGUACCUGGAACAACUGUUGUCACUCUACAGUGUCCUGCACUGUUGGUGGUUGGCGACAACUCUCCUGCAGUCGAUGCUGUGGUUGACUGCAAUGCUAAACUUGACCCAACAAAGACCACACUCCUAAAGAUGGCUGACUGUGGUGGUCUUCCUCAGAUUUCCCAGCCUGCAAAGCUCGCUGAAGCUUUCAAGUACUUCAUACAGGGAAUGGGAUACAUGCCUUCUGCAAGCAUGACCAGACUAAUGAGAUCCCGUACAGCUUCUGGUUCCAGUGUUGCAUCCCUUGAAGGGGGCAGGAGCAGAUCCCACACUGGUGAAGGAAACCGGAGCAGAUCCCACACUGGUGAAGGAAACCGGAGCAGAUCCCACACUGGUGAGGGUGCUAAGAGCAGGUCCCAUACUGGUGAUGAGAUCCGGAAUCGUGUUCACACAGACACCAACAUUGAGCUCACUCCCAACUCUGCAAACAAUGCUGAACAACCAAGCCCCAAAUCAAUGGAGGUUUCCUGUUAAAUGAAGAGGGCUUGAAUUGGAAGCAAGACCAAACAUCUGCCUACUGUGUAUCACAUUUAACCUAAACUGUGUCUUGUAACACAGGGCUCUGUCCCCCACCUAGAGUUCAGCAGGGACCAAUAAAGCAGACAUCUCAAUUUCUCUGUUCCCUUAACAGAGGUUGCUGCUAUACUUCUAGAUUAAUUCUAGAUUACUAAUUCUAGAUUACUUUAAAACCUGUUCAGUGAUAAAGCUAACAGCAUUUGAGCACCAAAACUGAAACAAACUGCCUACGAUCUUGCUCAGAAACAAACAUUUGAAGCAGGUGCUCCAUCUCCUGCCCAUAUUUUACACUAACAAGAACAACAGCAAAAAGCCCGGCUCAAUGUGACUUUAAAUGUUAGUUUUGAGGAAAACAGUGGGAGAAUUUAGAAAAAGUGACACUGUCAGGUUGAAGGUGGAUUUACUCAAAUCUGUACACACGAAAUCAAAUGAGAUUUUGUGUUUGGCCUUGUGAGUAGUGUCCGAGGCCUGUUUGCCUACAUCAAUAUGUGAUUAAAAUAGGAGACAUAUUGCAACUUCAAGCAAACAAAAUGUUAAGCUUUCACUUCAUCGGAGAUCAGUGGCAGUCUCUCUUUUUAGGACUUAAACUGCUUAACCAAGUAAAGGCAAGGUCCAAAUCUCUAUCAAAAGCAUGCUAGCAUUUGGCCUUGCACCUUGAAGGAAACAGAAUUAGCCAGCGUUGUCGCUGCUUGGGGUAAUGUGCAUGGUGGUUGGGAGUCCUAGGCUUCCCUGCUGGUGUAUUUUUUUUCUCACCAGCAGUAAAUUGGCUUAGAAGAUGGAAUUAUUAUAAUCUACUAUUCAGUCACCUGCCAUGUUGGUUAGGCCCUACAGUUUCAGGAUUAGGACUAGUCCUGGAUAAAUGCAUUCCACGCUGUUCGUGAGGGAGGGAGAGGCAAGAUUCUAAUGGAGAUUUUGAUGACUGCAAAUGUAGAGAUGUAUUGAUUCUGCACUUUAUCCUGAUGCCUGCAGAGCUGUACUUUGGGGAGCCAUGGGCAACCCAUCAGAUUUCCAGCAUAGAAAGUCUUUUAGUUUCUUAAAGAUUUUUCACUGGCUUUCUUUCUAUUUGCUGCAUCACAAUUUAUAAUAUGGCUAAUGAAUUUUGGAUAGCAAGCAUUUAAAGCAUCAAGCAUCUCUACACCUGAAUAUCUCGGGUAGUUUAAAGAGAACUCUGCUAUAGGCAAAUCACCUAUUUUUAAAAUGACAACUACAGAGUUUCUUGGGUGGUUCACAAGGAGGAGCAACAGACUAAUUGAGAGGAAAAACAUGUCCAUCUGGGGAAAGUUUAUUAAUGAAUUAUUUGUAUUUAUUUCAAAAAAUAAAUUUGUAACUUUGCA